UUGUCUUAUCCUCAACUUCUAACCCUCUCUCUGUCUCUGGUCUGGAACUUGCUUUUUGUGUUUUUAUUAUGCAUCUUGCUUUACUGCUCUUGGCAUGGUUCUGUCUGUCUUUUCUUUUUCCCUGCACUUUUGUUGAUUACUGGGGAAGCCUUUGUAGUCCUCUAUGGGUCACACCGUCCUGUUUAUUAAAUUGGGCUGUUGGGUUUUGGUCUUAUAUAGAUUUAUCGUGAUUUUCAGCUGAAGAGAUUGAAGGACAUGAUUGCAUCUGUGCUAGUCGUAUGUGGGGUUUUUCUUUCAGUUCACUUCUCUGAGAUCUAGUGGGAACUGGGGAGCUAACAAUGGGACUAGAGAUGGAGUUGGACUUUCAUAAAAGUUGCAAAGUUGGUCUGAGUCCGAACACUGUUCUUCCAUCUCAUCAAGAUUGCUCAAAUGUUGAAAAGAGAAAUUUGAAAGGGAAAUCCACUUGUAAAGAUGAAUCAUUGAGCCUAAAGAAGGACUUCAUAGAGAUUAACCUUUCUCGCUUUUGCAGUUCUUCCUGUAAAAGCAUACAAAAUAGACCUGUUGGACUGGAAGGUAACAUUGAACUCGAGCGAGGGUCCAUGUAUCAAAGUUCCAGAGAGGUAAGGAAAAUGAAGAAAAGCACAGUUGGAGGAGGGAGAAAUAUUGAAAUUUGUCGUAGUAGUGACACCUCCCUCUCUUUUAGAAUUGUUGACUCAUUGUGUGGUUUCGAUGAAGAAGGAAGAUCUCCCGUGGUAGCUUUGGAUUCAAACUUUAGUCCAACAUCUGUUUGCAGGCCUUAUGCAGAACCGUGCUCGUCAGAUAGCUUUCAUGAAAUUUGUCUCAAUUUGAAUAGCAGGGAUAACCCUGCUGAUACCUUAGGGAAAGAUUCAGUAUAUCAAAAUUUUAGAAGUGAUGAAGCAGUUGGUCCUUUAAUGGAUAGUAAUGAGCUUCUUGAAAGAGAGAGAGUUCACUCAUUGCACAAGUCACUUUCUGCUAAGGUUGAAAUGCCCCAUUCUCAUUCACCAUCACACAGUGAUUGCUCCUCCAGAGUCAGCUCCAAUACCAGAUUCAGCCCUAUCAGAAAUCUGUUUGAUCCAUUCAAGAAGUCCAAAUCCUUGCGAAGUCCUUUGGGUUACAUAGUAGAACCUGGUGGGCUCAAAGCAUCCGGGACAACAAACAUGAGGAGUAAAACAUGCAGGAAAUCUUUGCUGCAUGAUUUCUCAAAUGCAGCGAAGGUAUCACGAGUUGAUCCUCAGUUUGUUGGAAGAGAGAACCACCACUCAGUAGUUGCCUGUUCACCUGUUCACCUACAUGGCUAUCUCAAGUUAAAAUACAAACAUGGAGUGCCAUUAUUCGAGUUCUCUUUGAAGUCCCCAGAAGAUGUUUUUGUUGCCAAGGUGUGGAAGACAGAUAAUGCUUUCCAGUGGGUAUAUACUUUUCACUCCCUUAACAGCAGAAAGAAGAGCAAUGCCAGUGGACGGGGAUGGAAUGGUGGCGACAGAGAUUCCUCCAUGGUGGGCCAGAUGCAAGUUGCCUGUUAUUUAUGUUCAGAACUAAAAGAUAGUGGAGUUUUUGUCAAUUCUGUGGUGACAGAGUUUGUAUUGUACGAUAUUGUGCAUGCAAGACAAAAUGUUGCAGCCCAAGAAAAUGGUACCCCUGAUGCUGUUAAAUUUCCCAAAGGUUCUAAUCCAGGCUUGGCAAAGGAAACAUUUGAGAAUGAUAAGUCUCACUCAAUGAAGGUGAAACUAAAACAGCGGCAGACCUCUGAGAAAGGUGAUUUUAAUUCUUCAAAUUCUUACCCUUGGGCAUCAGCAGAAUUGCAUCCAAAUCUUGAAAUUGCAGCCAUUGUUAUGCAAGUACCAUUUGAGAAGAGAGAGAGCUUGAGAUACAAGAGAGAUGAUAAAAUUAGUGAUGAGCUGAUCCCAAGCCUACAUAAUCAUUCUAUGAUUGAGCAGACAAAAGAGGACCUCCAUUAUAGCAGAAGUCCCGAAAAAUUAAAGGUGUUAAUCCCAAAUGGAAACCAUGGUUUUCCAAGUGCUGAAAGUCGAGGCCCUUCAUCAUUAUUAGAUCGCUGGAGAUUAGGUGGAGGCUGUGACUGUGGUGGCUGGGACAUGGGCUGUCCCCUCACUGUUUUAGGCAAUCCUUGUAUUCAAUGCGCUGAAGAUCAACCACUCGACAAGAAUCAGCAGCCUUUGGAGCUGUUUGUUCAGGGAGCAAAAGAGAGUACACCAUCGCUGACCAUGACAGUUGUUGAAGAGGGAGAGUAUGCAGUUGAUUUCCAUGCACAGUUAUCCACGUUACAAGCAUUCUCCGUUUGUGUUGCCAUUUUGCAUGGCACGGAAGCUUCAAUCGAUGCCAGGAAGGACAGAAACAAACAGUUAUCACAAAACAAUUCGCUGAAAGUGCUUAUUGAUGAAGAAGUGAAAUUUCUAAUCGAAGCAGUCACAACAGGGGAGAAGACAAAGGUCACUAAGAUGGUAAAAGAAAUCCCACCAUCUUAUGUGAUCAAUCCUCCUUUUUCUCCCAUUGCUCGAGUUUAGAAUCUAUACUCAAUCAACUUGCUUAGUACAGCUAUAAUGGAUUCUUGGAGACUCUCCCAGAUGUGUUUAGAGAUGGUCUCAACCUCAGAAGACAUAGAGGAAAGCAUUACUCUUAGAUGAUUUCAGUGCGUGCGGGUUAUUUCCAGCUGAGGUGUCAAAAUCCUUAUGUUAUUCAAUUCAUUCUUCAACUCCUAUAGAGUUAGAAUCUAAAUAGAACACAGCAUUGUCCAUAUUGUAGCUUGAUAAAGAGGGAAUAGAAGCAAUCAUUAGGUUGCCUAGAGUGAGUAAUCCUUUCUCUUUUGCCUUGUGUGUAUCAUGAAGGAUAUGGUGCCAAGGAAACUAGAUAAAUACUUUGUUCUCAAGAAGUUUUGUAUCCCCGAAAUAAUGAAUAGUUGUACUUAUCAGAAAAGAAACUACGAAUAUCCUCA